CGCAGAGGGAAGCGGCCCGCGGCGGAGGGAGGGGAGGCCAAGUCCUGGAAGUGGAGCUCCGCGCUGGGACUGGUUCCUUCGCAGCCAUUUUCUGUCCAACCAAACAGCCGAUUGGAGACGGGAGCCAACCAGGGCUGCAUUGGAGGUUAAAAUUGGGCAAGGAUCCACCACCUUUUGACGGGUAUUUGAGAGCACCUCCAAUACACAGUUGUGACGGUGUUUCAUGACAAUGGAUGGCGAUAGCUCCACCACAGACGCUUCUCAACUGGGCAUUUCCGCGGACUACAUUGGAGGAAGCCACUAUGUUAUACAGCCUCACGAUGAUACUGAGGACAGCAUGAAUGAUCAUGAAGAUACAAAUGGUUCAAAAGAAAGUUUCAGAGAACAAGAUAUUUAUCUUCCAAUUGCAAAUGUGGCUAGGAUAAUGAAAAAUGCCAUACCUCAAACAGGAAAGAUUGCAAAAGAUGCCAAAGAAUGUGUUCAGGAAUGUGUGAGUGAAUUCAUAAGCUUCAUCACGUCUGAAGCGAGUGAGCGCUGCCACCAGGAGAAGCGGAAGACGAUCAAUGGGGAGGAUAUUCUUUUCGCCAUGUCCACCCUGGGCUUCGACAGCUAUGUGGAGCCUCUGAAAUUGUAUCUCCAGAAGUUCAGAGAGGCCAUGAAAGGAGAGAAGGGCAUUGGUGGAGCGGUCUCGGCUACUGACGGGCUAAGUGAGGAGCUCACAGAAGAAGCCUUCACUAACCAGUUACCAGCUGGCUUAAUAACUGCAGAUGGCCAACAACAGAAUGUCAUGGUUUACACAACGUCCUACCAACAGAUUUCUGGUGUCCAGCAAAUUCAGUUUUCGUGAUCUGAAGAAAUGAUGGAAAAGGCUGUGGAGAGUCUGACCGAGUCUGGAACCGGCUCGGGAGGAAGUGAGGGCCAGGUCGCCUGUUUGUACAGUAAGCAGCUGUAAUGUAGCUUCCUGAUGCUUGACUCAUUGAGAAUCUUUUUCAUGGAUAAUUUUAAAGAAAAAAAUUGGACUUCAAAGGUAUUAAAAUAUUUUUGUUUUGUAUGAGAGUUUGUUGCUCUGUAUGACGCCUGUAUGCAUUGUAUAUUGCAAUUUAUUCCUGUCAGAGAUUUGUAGACAGUUUCUUAUUUUCAUAUUGAAUCAUGUUAUUUUGUAAUUCAAGUAAGCAGCUGGGUUAAUUCAUGAUGUUUGCCCUUUUAAUAAAAUAUGAGGGUAGAGUUCAUUUUGAAUGCAAGUUGCCUUUAUUAAAAUUUUGAGUUUGUCUUGGCUAUAUACUAUCUUGCAUGAUAACCUAGCUAGAUUUUUGCAUUUACUUUAUUUAUUGAAAUUAAUUUUUUUUUGGUAAAGUAAUAGCUUAAGCAGUAUCUUUUUUCAAUGUAAUUGAAUAAUGAAGUUGGAUGCAGAAGCAAGUAUUGUCUGGCCUAUAAACCUGGUGCCCACCACUGUCCAUGACCUACCUGUUCAGGUAGCUCUAGUUAUUAUGUGUUAGAAUUCAUUUCCAUUUGACAUUGUCCUACAGCCCUUAAGACAGUUUCUCUGCGCAGCUUUGGAGCCUGUCCUGGAACUCGCUCAGAAAACCAGGCUGGCCUCGAACUCACAGAGACUUGCCUGCCUGUGCCUCCCGAGUGCUGGGAUUAAAGGUGUGUGCCACCACCGCCCAGGGAAGUAGUCCCUUUUUUAAAAGUAUUACAGCGUCCUCUUCAAGAAGAGGGUGUCUUAGUUCACAAUAAUGUCAUAUCACCUUUUGCACAGAAAGGUCAGACUCCUGUUGAGCUGUGGGGACUAGACAGGCGGGUGUGGUUCUGUGCAGGCGGUUGAGAGGGAUGAGUGAACACGCAGGAGAGCAGUGAAGACUACGGACGGAGCCUGGUGGUUGCUGUCAUGCCGUGCAGUGAACAGGAGAUGAUACAGCUUUGUACAGUUAGUAGUGUGUGCUUGGGUUCCCUUUUUAAAGUAAAGACUUAUUUUCCCAUCUAUUCUUUCUAGUAAUGAUUACUUUAAAUUUUUGUGCAUGUGGUGGUAGUUUUGUCUCUAUCAGAAAAUGGCUUAUUGUCCAGUUUGUCCAGAAGGAAAUUUGUGGGACUCUGGUGGAGGAAGGAGAGCAGUUUCCUGGAAACAAGCUAAAGGGUAACAGCCACUUUGCCAGGAGUCUUGGAGAACACAGCUGGCUCUUCAGAGACAGCUCCUCCCUCUUGUACCCCUUUCACUAUGCUUCAUGGUAGAAAAUGCACAUAGGAAAGAAAGGGAGAGGAUGGUUCAGUUCAGCAAAGUCAAGUCACCCUACUGUGUUGAAAUAACCAAUGUUAAUAUUUUGAUAAAUCAUCUGUCCUUUUACUUUGCUAAAUAUGUAUAUUUUUAUAAAAAUGGGCUUAUGUUGUGCACACUGUUUGUAACCAGCUUUUUCACUUAACAAUAUAUUGUGAACAUUUUCCCAGGUUGUGAAUGGCCUUUCGCAUCAUGUUUACUGGGUUUUUAUUCUGUUGUAUGACUAAAUCAUGGUUAAUUUA